AUGGAUAAUUUAUUUAGAUUAGUAUUUAAAAAUGUAAUUAUUAGAAAUCAAAUAUUUAGGUUUGUUAGAAUUUUAAACAAAGAUUUAAUUGUGAAGAAAUAUAAUCAGUGUAAUAUGGGCUGGAUUAUAAAAAAUGGUCACUUUCAUCUUUUAUUGUAUAAACUUAAAAAACAUAUUAAAAGGGACCAAUUCUCAGAAGAAUUAUUUUAUAGAUUUUUACAAGGUAAUAGUGAAUUACAUUUACUUAAAGAUAUGUUUAAAAUAUUCCCACAGUUUUUACCGUCAACUCCAAUUGCUGAAAAUAUAUUAAUUGAACAUUGUUCAAGUUUAAAACCAACUAAAAACCUAUCACCCUCUUCUUCUUCAUAUUCUCCAAACUUUUCUUCUACUUCAGUAUCUUCUUCUUCAUCUGAUUCUUCUUUUUCUUCAAUUGAUUCUUCUUCUUCUUCUUCUUCUUCUUCCAAUCAAGAAUUUUGUGAACAAUCAUAUGAUUAUGAUUCCUCUUCUCCAUAUGAUUCUAGUUUAGAUAUUAUAAAAUAUUUAACAAAUGAAUUAAAUAUAAAAGUAACAAAUAAAGCAAUAAAUAAUGCAUGUGCAGCUAAUAAUUGUAAAAUUGUGGGAUAUUAUCUUGGUUUAAAUCAACUCGAUAGAUACAAAGGGAAUGAAAUUGAUAUUUAUGAUAAUUGUAAUAUUGGUACUUUAUUUUGCUCAUUGAGGGGUAAAGAUUUUCAAUUAUUUAAAUUUAUUUUUGAAAAUAAUCCAAAUUUAACUUCUCAAUGUAUAAGCUAUGACAAAUUUAUAAAAUUAAUGGUAGCAACAGGUGAUAUCCAAUUCAUUAUUCACUUUGGUAGAGUUCAAGGACCUUCUUAUAAACCUCCACAAUUACAACCAUAUAUGAUCGCAAAAUCAUCAUUAAGUAUAAUUAAAUACCUAUGCUCAUUUUUAAAAAUAAAUGACCCUAUGAAAAAUCAAAGCGAGAGAUUCCUACUUUUAAAAUUCCUUAUUGAAGAGUUUAGAAUCUAUGAAAAGGUUGAAGGUAGUACAGUGGUGCAAGAAGUAGUUUACUCAUUCUGCGGUAUCGGUGAUUUAGAUUGCAUAAUAUACCUCCGUGAUUUUUACUUAACUCUACCACAAAAUCAUAGUUUUAAGUUUUUAAUUCCACGUUCCGCCUUGGAUGUAUCAAUAUCUUCAAAAAAUUUUCAUGUAACUAAUUGGAUUUUAGAAAAUACAAAUGUAUGUUGUUCAAUUAAUGGUUUAAGGUACCUUUGCAAAAAUAUGGCCAAUCUUAAGCAUAUACUUGAUAGAAUAUUAAUAAAAUUUGUGCCCAUUCGUGCAAUCUCAAGUAAAAUGCUUUUGGAUGCAAUGCAUUCAACAAAUAGAAUUGCUCAUGAUAAAGAAAAUUUUGAUUAUCUAGCUUCUUUUUUACCAAAUCAUUUAAUCCCUACUUUUCCAAUUGAAACCUCAAUAGAGGAUUAUGACUAUUAA